GCGGGCACAGCAGCCAGGCUGCCGGAGAGCUGAUCUCGGGGAUUCGGGUGCCGAGCCCUUGGCCUGGAGGCGAUAUGGGUGGUCCGUGGCCCGGUUCAGUCGCUCGCAGCAGCCCGGGGAACAGGCCUGUCUGGCCCUGAGGGAGUCCCCUUUCUGAAGCGGUGGUGCUUGGACGACCAGCUCUCCACGUUGCCGGGCACCCGUAGGUGUCCCUCGAGAGCACAGUUUUGAGGUUCAAGUCAGUGUGGCCAUGAAGGGGCUGCCUACUGGGCUGAUGCUGUGACCCUGGAGUCUGCCUCUCCUGCCAGUCCCCCUGCCCGGAACAUGUGGCUGCGGCUUGGCCCGCCCUCGCUGCCCCUGAGCCCCACGCCCGCAAUUGGCCGGAGCCUGUGCCUCACCCUGUGGUUCCUCAGUUUGGUGCUGAGGGCCAGUACUCAGGCCCCAGCACCCACAGUCAAUACUCACUUUGGGAAGCUAAGGGGUGCCCGGGUGCCAUUGCCCAGUGAGAUCCUGGGGCCUGUGGACCAAUACCUGGGGGUGCCCUACGCAGCUCCCCCGAUCGGCGAGAAACGUUUCCUGCCCCCUGAACCACCCCCAUCCUGGUCGGGCAUCCGGAACGCCACACACUUUCCCCCAGUGUGCCCCCAGAACAUCCAUACAGCUGUGCCUGAAGUCAUGCUGCCCGUCUGGUUCACUGCCAACUUGGAUAUCGUCGCUACUUACAUCCAGGAGCCCAACGAAGACUGCCUCUAUCUGAACGUCUAUGUGCCCACGGAGGAUGUAAAGCGGAUUUCCAAGGAAUGCGCCCGAAAGCCCAACAAGAAAAUAUGUAGGAAAGGAGGAUCCGGCGCUAAGAAACAGGGCGAGGACUUAGCGGAUAAUGACGGGGAUGAAGAUGAAGACAUUCGGGACAGUGGUGCUAAGCCUGUAAUGGUCUACAUCCAUGGAGGCUCUUAUAUGGAAGGGACUGGCAACAUGAUUGAUGGCAGCGUCCUUGCCAGUUAUGGCAACGUCAUCGUCAUCACCCUCAACUAUCGAGUUGGGGUGCUAGGUUUCCUGAGCACUGGAGAUCAGGCGGCCAAGGGCAACUAUGGGCUCCUUGACCAAAUCCAGGCCCUCCGCUGGGUGAGCGAGAAUAUUGCUUUCUUUGGAGGAGAUCCCCGCCGUAUAACGGUCUUUGGCUCAGGCAUCGGUGCAUCCUGUGUCAGCCUCCUCACACUGUCACAUCACUCUGAGGGGCUUUUCCAGAGGGCCAUCAUCCAAAGUGGCUCUGCUCUGUCCAGUUGGGCUGUGAACUACCAACCAGUGAAGUAUACUAGCCUGCUGGCAGAUAAAGUGGGUUGUAACGUACUGGACACUGUGGAUAUGGUGGACUGUCUUCGGCAAAAGAGCGCCAAGGAGCUGGUAGAGCAGGACAUCCAGCCCGCCCGCUACCAUGUGGCCUUUGGCCCUGUAAUUGAUGGUGAUGUCAUUCCUGAUGACCCUGAAAUCCUCAUGGAACAGGGCGAGUUCCUCAACUAUGACAUCAUGCUAGGUGUCAACCAGGGUGAGGGUCUCAAGUUUGUAGAAGGGGUGGUGGACCCUGAGGAUGGUGUCUCUGGCACUGACUUUGACUAUUCUGUCUCCAACUUUGUGGACAAUCUGUAUGGUUACCCUGAGGGUAAGGAUACCCUGCGGGAAACCAUCAAGUUCAUGUACACAGACUGGGCAGACCGUGACAACCCUGAGACCCGUCGUAAAACACUGGUGGCACUCUUCACUGACCACCAGUGGGUGGAGCCCUCUGUGGUUACAGCUGAUCUGCAUGCCCGAUAUGGCUCACCUACCUAUUUCUACGCCUUCUACCAUCACUGCCAGAGCCUCAUGAAGCCUGCUUGGUCAGAUGCAGCACAUGGGGAUGAAGUACCCUACGUUUUUGGUGUCCCUAUGGUAGGCCCCACUGACCUUUUCCCCUGCAACUUCUCCAAGAAUGACGUUAUGCUCAGUGCUGUCGUCAUGACCUAUUGGACCAACUUUGCCAAGACUGGGGAUCCCAACAAGCCGGUCCCCCAGGACACCAAGUUCAUUCACACCAAGGCCAACCGCUUUGAGGAAGUGGCCUGGUCUAAAUACAAUCCCCGAGACCAGCUCUACCUUCACAUCGGGCUGAAACCAAGGGUCCGCGAUCAUUACCGAGCCACUAAGGUUGCCUUUUGGAAACACCUGGUGCCCCACCUGUACAACCUGCAUGACAUGUUCCACUAUACAUCCACAACCACCAAAGUGCCGCCCCCGGAUACCACCCACAGCUCCCACAUCACCCGCAGGCCCAAUGGCAAGACCUGGAGCACCAAGCGGCCAGCCAUCUCUCCUGCCUACAGCAAUGAGAACGCCCAAGGGUCCUGGAACGGGGACCAGGAUGCAGGGCCUCUCCUGGUGGAGAACCCUCGAGACUAUUCCACUGAAUUAAGUGUGACCAUCGCUGUGGGGGCCUCCCUCUUGUUCCUCAAUGUUCUGGCUUUUGCUGCCCUCUAUUACCGGAAGGACAAACGGCGACAGGAGCCUCUGCGGCAGACUAGCCCCCAGAGGGGAGCUGGAGCCCCUGAAUUGGGAGCUGCUCCUGAGGAGGAGCUGGCAGCAUUACAGCUUGGACCCACUCACCAUGAGUGUGAGGCUGGUCCCCCCCAUGACACACUGCGCCUCACUGCAUUGCCCGAUUAUACCCUGACCCUGCGGCGCUCCCCUGAUGACAUCCCACUCAUGACCCCCAACACCAUCACUAUGAUUCCCAACUCCCUGGUAGGGCUGCAGACAUUGCACCCCUAUAACACCUUUGCUGCAGGGUUCAACAGUACCGGGCUGCCCCACUCACAUUCCACUACCCGGGUAUAGCUCCAACCCAGAGCACAGCUCAUCUCCCAGCUCCCUCCCUUCCAGAUCCACAAACACAUGCACAUGUGCAUGUGUGCACACACACAUACACACACACACACACAUAUGUAUACGCACGCACCCACACCCUACAGCAGACCCAUCUGCACAAACAUAGACAGAUGUGGACAUGCACCCGCAUGUACAAAAACACAAAUACUGAAGUAAACCUGGACAAACCCUGCAAAUGGGGACACAAAUGAGUCCUUGGUAAACUGAGGAUCCAUGAAACAGCAGCUGAAGCCAGCUCCCUGAGCCUGACUACAGACACUCCUGGGGGGCCUGAAAGCAACAGCUGGACACCCCCUUGGUGCUCGCCUUCGGCCUCUCUUGGAACUGCACCAACGACCAACUCCAGACUUGGGAGCUUUAAAGAGCAGAGUAGCUCUUCCUCCCCCAGACUUGGUCUUUUUUCUGGGUCUUGUUUUUGUUGAUUUUUUUUAAAAUUUUGGAACAAAUGCUUUUCCAACCCAUGAGUGCUAACAGGCUCUGGAAGUGAGGGUUCCAGGCUCAGGUCUCUCUGAUUUUGGAACCCUUUGUGCUCACACAAUCAGACCAAGGAACAGGACUCCCAAGAAAGAAACAGAUUUGAGCAAGACCAUGGGGUGAACGGAGGAAGUGGCUAAUGAUGGAUGGGGCUGGAGGGCCAUCAAGGAGAAAUCUCCAACCUUCUGUGUCCCGGUGGAGGGAUGCAGAGCCUGCAGGGUGAUCUGCUUCCCCCAAAGGCAAGCAGUAUUGGCCUGGCUAGACCAGGGUAUCCUAGGUUUGGCAAACAAGGUACUGUGGAGGCCAUGUCAUUAUUGCCCCCGCCCCCCAGUAUAUAAUCUGGGUUCUGCCUCUGCCCUUGGGGAAAUGCUAUCAGAAAAUCACCCCAUUUUCUUUACAGUCUCUUUUGUGUCUGUCAUUUCUCUUUCAAAAAGGCGGUGUUUUUUGUUGUUGUUGGCUUUUUUUUUUAAAGAAAAGUUCUUAAAACACUAACGGAAACCCAUGGAGUUUGUCCUUUGUAAAAAUUUUAAACACAGUGUCUUGAUAUAAAAAUAAAAAAAAAUCCAGUUAGCACUCCCAACCUGCCUCCCUUGCACAGGCCUUGCCCCAACAGACUUCGGAGCAGGGUGCCCCUGCGAGCUAGGAAUCAGGCAAUCAGGCAGCCUCCAUCAGACUCCCCUGCCUUUAAGCUGAUACAAGUCUGGGCUGCACUCUGCUGGCCCCCUGCACGAAGGCCUCUCCGAUCUUAAUCAGGUUGCUGUCCCCAUCCCCCUACCCCCCAGCGCUCUGGGUUCCUGCAGCUGAAGCCUCCUCUCAGCACCUCGGGCCUCCUAAUGAAACAGCAAAAAUAAUACUUCCUUCCUUCUCUGUGCCACCACCACUGCUGCUGCCACCGACACCGCCUUCUCCUCCUCCUCCUCUUCUUCUGCCUCCUUCUCCGAUGCCACCACCACCAACGCUACCAUCCUGCCCUUACCUUGAACUGGGGGCUAGGAGGAGGUUUGACCUCUAACAUACUAAAGUUUUUUUGCAUCCAAAUCCAGUGCGGCAUCAGCUAUGUGGACUCCCUGGCUUUGGGUGACUGACAGAGCAGGUCCCUUCUCCUUCCUUAGGGAUACUUGAUUCCUGUUCUGUGAAGUAGAAUUGGAGAAGUCACUGGGGUCCUGAGAGUGAUUUCUCUUCAGGAUUGUGAUCAGUGAGCCCCCUGACAACACCAGGGGACAGAUUCAGUGGGGCUCCACAGGGUUAGCAUUAUGGGAUUUCAUAUGAUUCUCAGUGACAUGAAGAACUGAAUGGGGAAUCUGAUCAUCAAGUUUGACAGUUGAGCAGGGUUGCCGAUACCUCAGAUAUCAGGAAAAGAAUUCUUCAAAUUGACCCUGACAAAAUGAGGGAGAUGAACCAUCACAACCAGAAUGAUGUUCAGAGGGGAUGAACACAGGGUAGUAUGUACAGAGACCAAAACCCAGAACUAAUAUACUAAUAUGGCACAUGGGACAAGAGAGAUUGGCAAUGAUUGACUUGAGAGAUAUAUAGUUUUAAAAAAAGAAUGGGGAAGAGGAUGUACAAGUUGAAAGAGUCCUCAGUUGUAGAACUGGUUUUCUCCCUUUUUCACCCCUUCCUCUCUCCCUUCUUUCCUUUCUUUUUUUCCAAAACUAAGGGGAAUACUAGUAUAUGGUAACAAAAACAGAGCAUGGAGGAGCUGGGAAGUAAUUGGAGUAUAUCAGAACUAGAAGUAACCCCAGGGUUAUCUAGUCCAAUCCACAUAUUUUAUAAUUGGGGAAAUGGGUCCCAAAAUCCCCAACUCAGUUAGUGGUGGAAACAGACCUAGAAUGCCACCCAAUAAUAGAUGACCCUUCCUACAGUCCUGCUCCACUUUUUCCUUUCUACUGGCCAUUGGUUAUGUCUUACAAAGCAUUAAUGGAUCUACUCUUGGUGAGUACAUUUUUAACAUGUGGAAAAGAAGAGAGGAUCUGGAGAAAAAAAGCAAGCAAUGUGCCAAAGAACUGGGUAGGUUUUUUUUUUUUUUCUUUUUUAAGCUAGAAAAAAGGAAGGUAACAUCCAACCUGGUAAUAUUCAAUGGUUGUGGGCACUACUACUAAGUGACAAGUGUACUAUUGCCAUCUUCAAUGUGUGACUUCUAAACCAGGACAGAGAAGUGUUCUCUUAUGACCUGUGUUCUCCAUUUCUUCUGAGAGUGAUAGAGGAGAAAAUGAGAUUAAGUAAACCCAAGGAAAGACUUCGCUAUGGAUAGGAAGUAAUUAUGGGCACCCAGUAAGUUCCCAAUAACAUGACAAAUGGAACAAAUGGCUACUGAGGAAAGCAUUGUUAUCCUUCAUCUUCCUGAGAGCAGAGGGCUGGCUGGAUUACAUCACCUUUUGAGGUCAAUUCAGCAUCUUCAUUUUUUGUUCCAUUGAUUGCUCUAUUUCAGAUACUUCCAAAUAGGGCCUCCCAUUCUGGUAUGUGCGUGUGUGUGUGUGUGUGCGCGCGCGAGCGUAUGCCUCCAGUUAGGAGGCCAUCUAUUUGGAGGCAAUUUAGACAUUGCCUCUCCUCUCACAACUCAAGGUGCGAUAGCAAAACCAGCUCCAAUUCUAUUAGGGACCCAUCAGUGAGAAAUUAUAGUUGGUCUUCACACCUUUGAAAGGCCUGGAUAAAGGAGGUGACCUUCAGGACAGGCAAGAUUUCAAGCUCACUGACAGUUUGUGCCCAUGUAGCUUGAGGUUCUUGGCCCCAUUGCUGACCAACAGCACUGAGCCCAACAAAAAACAAAAAACAAAAACAGAUUUUUGAAGAGAAGAUUAGGAUAUACUUGGAUUUUAUUCCACAUUGCAAAAAUCAUUAGUGCCUAGAUUAGAUCCAGCCUGCAUCCCUAGGUUUAUCUGGUUUCUAUUUUAGUCCUUUAGGGAACAGGACACAGCUAUCUUGGGAUCUGAAUUAGUAGUGUAUAUGAAGGGUCAGAAGUUGGUCACUGUGGAAAUCUCCACAGAAGUAUGGUAACAGGACUGUAGGCCUGGCCCUGUGCUGGUUUAUCUAUACUGUGAGAGAUGGAAGAUACCCACUGUGGGGUACAAACUAUUAGGAAGACAAAACUGAACCAUGAUAAAAUGAAUGAAGUGUAUUAUUUAGUAUGUGACUUCAGUUGUACAGUAAAGGUUAAAAGGACUGGAGAAAUUGUAAGAAAAGCUAUGGUGGGAUAUAGGUGGGUGGAGUAGUGGGUAUUCCAAAUCAAGAGAAGAACCUCAGCCAGAGCAUGGAGAUGAGGUCUGGGUAUACUCGAGGAACAGUGAGGGGACUGGCCUGACUAACGCAGAGGGUUUGAGUUAAAUGAUGGGACAUCAGAUUGGCAGGUCAUGUUGCAGAGGUCUUCAUAACAGAGGAGAGUUUGGGUGUUACUGAAUGAGCAAUGGGAUGCCCUGACUGGAUGCUUUUGCUAAUGGUUUUAUAGUGAGAAAAUAAAGCCUCCUCAGCUCCACUUUGCUCCUUCCGUUCUUCAAGGAGAAGGAUUUUCAGAAUAGAAAGGACAAGGUGAACACCAGAGAGAAACUCCUGAAGGCAGUCUCAUCCCAGGGUGCCUUGAGCUGCCCUGAGAAACUCCAGCUCAGAGUAUGGGUCAAUAACUGCCCUGACCAUUUCGAGGACUCACAGCUCAAUUGCAGGACAAUGGGCGGUGGCUUUACAAACCCCAGGGAGAAUGGAAACGAUGCAUGCUGCUGCCUAGAGAUGGGAAAAUAUGGCCCCUACCAUUUUUCAGGUAGGAAAAGGCAAAUUCCACAAAUUUAUAGAUCAAUAAGUGUGAUAUUGAUCAAGGGCAAGAUUCUCAGGCAAAUGAUUAAAAGGAUGUUGGUGAGCACUUAAAGAAAGUGAAGAUCACUCAGCCACUGGAUUCAGGAAAACAAGUACCCACUCAAUUCAUUUCCUUUGAUAGAUUGGACAGGUAGAGGAGGAGAAUGCUAUACCCACACAAUGUGUUUAGAAUUCAACAAAACAUUCUCUCAAUACUCUUGGGACAAUACAGAGAAAUGCAAGGUGGGUAGAGGUGAACCUAGGUGGACUUUCAACUGGUUAAGUGACUAUAUGCAAAAGGAUUCUGUUUUAAUGUCACCAGAUCAGACUUAAAAAUUACACAAAACUGGUAAAGUCCCUUAUUUGAAUUUCAAAAUGUAACAGUACAAGGAUAGGAUGUGGCCUAAAGGGUUUUUAGAGUAAAUGAAAGCUCAUCAUGAGUUAUGAGUCAAAUGGAUGAUUUGGUUGCUACAAAAAGUAUUGUGACCUUGAACUGUAUUAAUAGUAUACUGUUGAGGAUAAAGGAGGUGAUCACCUUGUGCUACAAACUGGUCAGACCACACCUGAUGCCCUCUGUUCAGUUAUGAGCACUAGACUUCAAGACAGUUAUUACCAAAAGUAUACUCAGAGAAUAGUGGUGAUGAAAGUGAGGGGGCUAGAGAAUCCCAGGGAAAAUUUGUCUACUGUUAGCAAAUCAUUUCUGGGUCAUGGGGAAGAGGAAGCUAUAGUUUUGCUCUGUGUGACUCCAAAGGCUCUGAGAUCUAAUGGAUGGAAGUUAUAGGAAAGCAGAUUUGGAUUCAACAUAAGUUGCUCUUUUUCUUUUCUUUUUUAUAAUGAAAAAUUGUAAUAAAAGAUUCAGC